AUUCAAACAUCGCCAAACGCUCUCUCCGGUUUCUCCACGCCUCAAACAUCGACAUUGUCGAUUCCCACCCCGCACGCGCUAGCCAUUGCGGCAUUCGGGGUUCAUCCAUGGGUUCAUCAUCUUCCAAACCUGUGAGAGCUGCUGCGCAGGCAGUCUCACGGCGCCAAUACCCUAAACAACCGUCCACUUUGCCAUCAACACCAUCAAAGCCUCCGUCUCCCGGCCCUGCUUCAGCACCCCGUCCGGCAAAGGAACCAGAAACAAAGACCCGCGCUCCCACGGGCCCGACAUAUCAUUCCAAAGAACAGCCUUCUCUUACGAAAUCAAACGCAAUCGACCUCGAUGGCCGAGAUCCCGAUUUCGCCGCCACCCUCCGCGGAAUCGGCCCCGUUAGCCCAGCCCCGACCCUAUCCAAUUCCAGCACAUUUGCCUCCGGAGCCCAACGCGGGGACUCCGUACAAACCGUCUUUCCCCGGGCGGCGAACCCGGCGUUACUGGUGGUCACCGCGCGCCAGAAGAUUGCUAAGGCGGCAGAACGAGAGGUGGAAUUGGUCGGACGACCGGGUUUUACGGGACGGGAGUAUCUAGAUGCGUUGACGAUUCGACAGGCUCUCUCGAUGCGGGAUCGACAGGGUAUGCCGUCGGGGGAGAUUGAGAGGCUCCUACGGUUGAAGAAGGGGGUUGUGGAUCGGUUGGGGAAGAAGGGAGUUGUUUCGGAGGUUGGUUGAGUAAAUUUGAGUCGGGGAUGUUGGGACUUGUAUAUUAUUGUAUAGUAUGAGCUACGAUACUGAGGCGUUUUAUUGGGGUGUUUUGUCGACUAUAUAUCUCCCAAAUCUAUACCUGGUGUUUGGCCUAGCUUGUGCUAUUAAGACAAGAUCAUACACCAACAUCGAUGAAGGCAUUUCUGUAUUGAAACGACACCAAAAAAGUUCAUGACGAAUCCUGAGCAAAUAGAUAGCUGUGGGUCUCCAUUCUUCAGGGGACCAACCAAUAACAUGUACGAAAUUAGAAUCUCCUUGUCUACGGGUCGACUGCCUUGAGACUGAACAGUACUUUCCAUGACACACACCCCCUGCUCUGGGCAGUCGUCGUACUAGGAGGAUGUUGUUCAGUUUAGAAGAAUACUUGAAGCCGGUUGCAUUUUCCUCUGAUGGGUAUUUGAAGAACGCUCUCGUUUUAGUACUUGCAGUGAUAUAUAUAGAUAGAUUAUGCUUCUAUGAAAUUCAAUGACAAGACU